ACCCACAUGCAUGCAGUGCAAGCCUACGCGUCUUAUCUUCGUCGCUACCUCUGCUAACGUAAUAGUACCUCAAGCUGAUGAGGGAGAGCGGCGGAUCUAACUACGUACCCUCUUUUUUUUUGUUUUGCCCCACGUCCCGUCAAAGACAAAUGCAUUGCCACGUUCCCGUGCUCCUUCCCCCGCGCGAACCCAGGAUCCUUGUCCGGGUAUGUUAAAAGAGCCACAUGACCAAGAGCCCGUGUCUCAACAUAUCUGCGGGACGUAUAGAGAGAAAGCUGGAAACGAAACCAAUCAACGAGUCAUACAUAUAACAUUAUUUUUAUUUGCUCUCUCUCUCUCUCUCUCUCUCUCUCUCUUCACAUUCUUAUCGUCACGGUUUUUGGAAUUUUUUGGGGGGGAACUUCUAAUGAUAAUAGGGGAAGAAGAAGAAGGAUCGUUUUGCACAAACGCAAUGGUCUUGGAAACGCGGGACGCGGGCGGCGUCGUUGUCGCUGCAAAGCCCACGAUCCUGCAUCUCGGCGACGAUAUACGCUGGAACCACUCGCUGUACGACGAGUUGCAAGCCAAGUUCCAUGUCGUGCGGACGUAUUCCAUGGGCCGUGAGGAGUUCAAGCAGGCGCUGCGGGAAAGGCGGUGGGGGGACUUUGUAGGCAUGUACCGGCCGUUUUGGAAUACUGGGGGGGAAAUGGGGAAUUGGGAUGAGGACUUGGUCUCUCUCCUCCCUUCCUCGUGUAAAAUCUACGCCUCCGCCGGCGCAGGCUUCGACUGGGUCGACACGCGCAGUCUAGCCUCGCACGGCACCAUCUACUGCAAUGCGGCAUCCGCGUGCACCGAGUCCGUCGCCGACGCCGCCAUGGUGCUGAUUCUCUCGUGCUACCGCGCAAUCACGUGGUCUUUUCUCGCCGCGCGCUCCCUGUCAGAAGACCAGUUCCACGAUGCAAACCGCAACAUUGCGGCCGUGACGCACAAUCCGAACCACAGCGUGCUCGGCAUCAUCGGCCUCGGCCGCAUCGGCAUGCGCAUUGCAGAGAAAGCGACGCGCGCGUUUGAAAUGCGGAUUGCGUAUUACGAUGUUGUGAGGCAGGAUGAAGAGCGAGAGAAGAGCGUCGGAGCGACGUAUUGCGCAACGCUGGACGAGUUGCUGGGCAUGGCGGAUUGCGUGGUGCUGGCUACCCCGUUUGAAGGCGAAGUGCUACUUUCGACACCACAGUUCAACCAGUUUAAGCACGGGGCGCGGCUGGUGAAUAUUGCGAGAGGGAAAUUGGUGGAUGAGGAGGCGCUGAAUAAGGCGUUGGACGAAGGUAGGGUCGGUGCUGCGGGACUCGAUGUCCAUGCGGAUGAACCGCGUGUGAAUCCACGGUUGGCGGUGAGGAAUAAUGUUAUGGUUCUGAGUCACACGGCGGGAGCCAGUGUAGAGAGUCAUAUAGGGUUUGAGCGGUUGGGCAUGGAGAAUCUGCUGGGGUGGUUGAGAGAGGGGGAGAAGGGAUGUGUUAGUGCGGUCAAUCUGCAGUGGUUGAAGAGGGAGUGAUGGAUGGAAAGUCUUGAGGUUUGGCUAGAGUAGAAGACAUAGAUACAAUACACGUACAGCGUCUUGCUAGAAACUCAAUCAAGAUUAGAUGAUUUCAUAGUACCAGGCAGACAAAUACAAUGAACCAAACAGAAUCUCUGAUCC